CUGGCAACACUCUCCCACUGAGCCAUAUCAGGUACGACCACCACACUCGCCACCACCACUCUACCACCCUAGUACUGUACUUCUACUGCACUCUUGCACCACCACCUUAGAAACCAAGAUGGGACUGCAGGCGAGGUGGACGCUAGGCCUCCUGUACGUGGCGGGCUGCGUCUGGGUACUGCAGGCGGAGGAUGCUGGUGUCCUAGAGCGCCGCGCUCCCGCCAUGGGCUUCAUGGGAAUGCGCGGCAAGAAGGACAUGUUUGACGACAAACGAGCUCCUAGCAUGGGCUUCGCAGCAAUGCGAGGGAAAAAGGACUCGUUCGACAUGGCCGACUACUACUCUGACUUCAAGAGAGGAGCUCAAGGUAUGGGCUUCAUGGGGAUGAGGGGCAAAAAAGACUUUGAUCCGGAGUACGACUUCGAUAGUGGUCUGGACAAAAGAGCGCCAUCCAUGGGGUUUGCAGCUAUGAGAGGAAAGAAGGCUCCGUCGGGCUUUAUGGGAAUGCGAGGAAAGAAGUUUGACUACACAGACGACGACUUUCUGGAUGACGACAGCUGGCCUCUAGAUGAUCUAGACAAAAGAGCGCCAGCAGCUGGUUUCUUCGGGACGAGGGGCAAGAAAAUGCCCCAGAACUCGGGGUUCUUCGGGAUGAGAGGAAAGAAAGGUCCCUCAGGGUUUGUUGGCAUGAGAGGCAAGAAGGGGCCGGCAUCUGGGUUCAUGGGGGUCCGAGGCAAGAAGGACGGCGAAGACCUGGAGAGUUUACUGGCGCUGCUGGCGGAGCAACAUGGCGAGCGGAAUAAGCGGGACGAGCCGAACCAUAGCGGAGUCCCCUUAGUUCUCAGCCAAUCAUCCUCAGAAUCAGCAGAAGCUGUCAACCAAUGAAAUGCCAGAUCUGCGCUAGUUACACCUCCACCUCCGUUUCUCUUCUCCUACAAAAUCUAUUAAUUUUGUAAUAGAUCUAGAUACCAAAUACACAAUGUCAAUACGGCUAAUCAAUAUGAAUCAACCAUGUUUCUCUCAAUCCCUUAUCAUUUCAUACGACUAUAUUUAGGAAUAGAACACUUCUUGGUAGGCAAUAAAAACGAAGUGUUGUAAUUCUAAUACCUAACCUGUUGAUCAUAUUGUUACGUUUAUAAUUUUUUACUCCUCUUUUAUACACAACAAAAUGAGCUCAACCUUGGGGGAGGGGGAGUCACUGUUUUUUCAAAGUAUUUAUAAAAAUGCAAGGAAUAUGUUCAUAUUUCAACAUUGUCAGUUUGAGUGGCAAAUUUUCUGCUCUCUGCAUAGUUCUGGACAAAGUUUUCUAUUGAAAUUGUUUGUUUUAAUUUGAUGGUUAAAAUUUAAAGUCAACAAAUACUUCUAAAAAAGAUAUUAUCAAUAGAAUUCAACAUUUACUAAAUUUGGUUUUUUAGCUUAACGAUCAAUGCACGUGACAGUCAAAUGGUGAAAUUAAACAUGUGUACGUAAAUGUUAAGUAAUCAGUAAAUUGGAAAAACAAUAUUAAGAACUAAUAAUUGUGGUUUAAAUAAUAUAUUUUGGUAAAUAUGGAGAGCUAUAUUUCUUAUCUUAUUUAUUGGAAUUCUUUAGAUUUAAGAAUAAUAUAUUUUACUAAGAAGUAUAUAAACGUAUAUUCAUAAUGUCAGAAUAAUCGUAAAAAAUAUUUAAAUAUAAUGCAUUUUUUACUUUUUUCUGUAAUGUAGUAAGCCCACAACCAAUUGAUGUAAAAUAUAGUUGUUACUGUUAUGAUAUAGCAGAAUAUAUUACAUGUAAUAAAGUUGGAGUAAUGGUAGAUCAGAGUGUCUAUUCUGUAUUAAUUAAAUAUUUUAAAACAUAUCAAUAAAAAGGCAAUACUUUA